GAUUUGGCCAGCAGUAUAAAUUCACGGCCAACGCCAACGUACGAAAUUCGCGGUCAUCGUUUCGGCUACGCGGAAGGCGCCCCAGAGCUUUAUGUAAUAUGUUAAGCUGACGCAAAAUAUUCCUUUAGUUUACCAAAAUUCGUGUGAUAUAAAUAUUUAGGCCAUAGCAUGUUGCUUUAUCAAGUGGGUUCGGUGGCGCGCAGCACUCUGCAAUUUCAAGCAAAAUUGUUGCUACCCGUUACUCAGCUAACAUGUGCAGCCUUUCAGUGCCGCCACCUGACCCCCAUGAAAGAGUAUGAACAGCGCGUCGCUUCCGGUCAACUGAUGACGGACGAUAAGCAACAACAAACAAUGCGGCAGCUGGACGCACUCUACCAUCGCCUCCAGGACUAUCAUCCAAGCAAGCAAACUUCAUCUAGCGGUGGAUUCCUUAAAUCGCUUUUUGGCAAGAAAUCCAGUGAAGAUACCGAUGCCGAUGAUGACAUGACCGCGGGCAGCCAUUCCCCCAAAGGUCUCUACAUCUACGGCAGCGUCGGCGUGGGCAAGACCACGCUUAUGGAUCUGUUCUACGACUGCUGUACAGAGAUUCCCCGCAAGCGUCGAGUACACUUUACCGCCUUCAUGACCAAAGUGCACGCGCUCAUACACGAGGCCAAGGAGCGCCAGGGUCCAGCGGAUCGUGCCUUCAAUUCGGAGAAACCCGCACCCUUCGACCCAACAAAGCCGGUCGCUGAUUUGAUAGCGGACGAGUCAUGGCUCAUUUGCUUUGACGAAUUCCAAGUGACAGACAUUGCGGACGCGAUGAUACUUAAGCGGCUCUUCACCCACCUAUUUAGGCAGGGCAUUGUUGUAGUCGCCACAAGCAAUCGACACCCUGAGGAUCUAUAUAAAAAUGGAUUGCAGCGUGUCAACUUUUUGCCAUUUAUCGCACUGUUGCAGCAACGCUGCGAGACAGCAAAGCUGGACUCGAUUGACUAUCGGCGAAUUGCUCAAUCUGGCGACACGAAUUAUUUCGUGAAAGGUGAGACAGACGCCGAAGCCGAUAUGAAUCGCAUGUUCAAGAUUCUGUGCGCCGAGGAGAAUGACAUCAUUCGACCUCGCACAAUCACGCAUUUCGGUCGCGAUUUGAAAUUUGCACGCACGUGUGGCCAGAUCUUGGACAGCAGCUUCGACGAGCUUUGCGAUCGCCCGUUAGCAGGUAGCGACUAUCUGCAAAUUGCACAGUUUUUCCAUACAGUGCUCAUACACGACGUACCCCAGAUGAAUCUGAACGUUAGGUCCCAAAUGCGUCGUUUUAUAACGCUUAUAGAUACACUAUACGAUAAUCGAGUGCGCGUAGUUAUCUCAGCGGAUGAACCGCUAGAUAAACUAUUUCAAAUCUCUGACAGAUCUGAUUCAAUGUCUGAUUCGGAUCGUGCACUAAUGGAUGACUUAAAACUGAACGAGAAUUCGUCAAGUGUUUUUACUGGUGAAGAGGAACUGUUUGCCUUUGAGCGCACAAUAUCACGUCUAUAUGAGAUGCAGAAGCGAGAGUACUGGGAGCAGUGGGCGAAGCAUCGUUGAUUUACCAACAUAUCCCCUCCAAAGUCAAUGCAAAUUUUUAGUGUAAUUAGUAGAAUUAAACGUUAUCUUAUUUUCUGCUGACCGUCA